AUGGAUGCCAGCAGGGGCGCUGGCGCCUCCCUGCUGGUCAGCCACCUGCGCAGCAGCGGCGCCGAUGCUGCCGCCACCGCCGAGGCGCUACUGAGCCAGCCGCAGGCGCAACUGAGGGCGCACGGCCUGCUGGCGGCUCGCCUGGCAGGCAGGGCCGACCUUGUGCUUGGGGUGCUGGUGGGCGGCGAUGCCGGGGUGUGGAAGGCAGCCAGCCCGCUGCUGUGCCAGAUGGAUCCAGGCCCCGCUUGCACGGCCCAGCUGCUGGACUGGCUGCUGCACGCCGCGCCGCCCGCCCACCGCAACGACUUCCUCACCCGCCUGGGGCGGCUGCCGCCGCGCCAGCUGGGCGCCGCGCUGUUUGCCGCGCUGCUGGCAGAGGGGCGGGUGGAGGCGGCGCUGCGCCUGGUGCGGCACGCGGGGGAGCAGGCCGACGCCGAGCUGGCGCCGCUGCUGCGGGAGCAGCUGGUGGAACGCCAGGGGGUGCAAGGCCGGGUGCCCACCUGGGCCCGCCAGGCCUGGAAGCGCCUGGCUGUGGCGCGGCCCGUGCUGGCGCUGGAGCUGCUGCGGGAGCUGUGGGGCAGGGUGCAGCGGGAGGUGGAGCCUGGCCCCGGUGGCCACGCGUACAGCGCCCUCAUGAUGCUGCGGCGCGCAGUACUGGCACUGCUGCACGGCAGCUGCGGGCCGGCGGCGGCAGAGGCCCUGUUGAUUAGCCAAGAGGAGUGUUGCAAGCAGCUGGAGAAGCAGUGGGGUCACCAUCACCGCGCGCUGGAUGGCAGGCUGGCCAGGGAGAAUACCAAGGGAUCGCUGUUUGCCGGGCACCAUGCCCGCCAGCAGAUGCGGCUACUACUGCAAGAGGGGCCUGCACCUGACAGCGCCGCCGGCACCGCGACGGCCACGGCGCUGUGCAUGAAGGUGCUGCAGUCUGACGGACGCAGCAUGAUGCGCUGGGCGUACCGCCUGCACCGUCGCGGCCUGCUGUCUCGCAGGAUCGCCGGCGCCACCGGUCAGUUGGACGAGGUCUGUGACGGCCUCAAGCUGCUGCGCGUAGCACGCCUGGCCACCGCCCCGGAUGCCGCAGCCACCGAGGCGCUGCUGGCAGGCAUUGCCGCGGCAGAGGCCGACCACAAGCUCUUCUUGAGCGGUCGGAUGAAUGAGGAGGCGCACCAGCAGCAUCCCUGGCGUGUCUGGCCCGCCAGCGACGAGUAUGCGCUGGCUUGUGUGCCGGCGGCUUGCUGGCCCGUCGAGGCGCUGGUUGGCGGUGUCGGUGUGCUGAUGGGCAAGUAUGGCGGAGGGCAGCCAGCAGGCGGCGCUGCUGCCGCUGAUGGCGGGGUAGGCUGGAGCAAGGUGGAAGUGCUGCGCCGGUUGCGAGCCCACUUGCUGUGGGAGCCCGCCCACCGGGCUGCCGUGCUGGCCAAGCUGCGCACCAACCAGCCGCUGGCGGAUGAGCGAGCCAGCCUCUACAGGCGCACGCUGGAGGAGGAAGUGCCGCCGGGCAAUGCAGAGGCGGUGAAUGAGGUGGUCCCCUUUCUGCUGUCACGCACCCGCAACGAGCGCGCCUUUGUCCGGCUGGCGGUGCUGAGCGCGCUCUACAAACAUUGCGGCUGGCAGCCCGCCGAGGGCAGCGAGUGGCAGGGCGGCCUGCUGCCGCGGCUGCGCGACGAGCAUGUGCCACUGCUGGAGGCGGCGGUGGCCGGUGUGCUGGAGGCGCCGGACGGCGGCAGCAGCUCUGUAGAACAGCCAGGCGGCAACGUGUGCAUUCCAGCAGUGCUGGAUGCAGCGCUACAGCUGGACACCCUCAUUUCCAGCGCGGAUCUGCUGCACGCGGUGCGCACGCUGCUGGCAGAGCUGCUGCCGCUGUACAAGGCAGCUGGCCAGCGCGGUGCCGCCAAUGCGGUGCUGGGAGCCCUGACAGCGGGCACGAAUGUGCGGGCGCUGCAGCCGCUGCGGCAGAUGCCUGAGCUGGUGGCAGCUGUGGAGGCGGCAUUGCGCAGGAGCUUCCCUCGGUCGCGCGCAGAUGGCGAGGCUGGGCUGCACCGCGCCAAGGCCCUGCUGGAGCUGCCUGGAGGCAAGGCCGCCAUGCUGCGCUUCAUCAACUUGGAGCUCUACGAGCCUGCACCGCCUGCCGCGCUUUGGUGGCGCGAGCUGGUGUUCUCCCACCGCCAGGUGCUGCAAGCCCUGGUGGAGCAGCACCCAGCCCUGUGCCGGCGGCUGCUGAAGCGGGGCGGCAGCAGCGGCGCCCUGUGCCAGGCGCUGCUCCGUGAGCGGCUCUGGAGCGAGAAGCUGUACGGUGUGCUGCCUGAGUAUGACAGCGCCGCUCUGGCCGAGGUGCUGUCUGCGCCAGCGGACAGCCGGUUGAAGGGCAUGCAGGCAGCAAUGGCGGGCUAUCGUGUGGGCGGCGCCGAUGGAAGCACCUUCUGGGACGUCAAGCGGGAGAUGGGCAGCGCCGACUACCGCCGCUGGCCGCCAGCGGUGCAGGCCCAGCUACGCCAGCUGGCCAGCGCUGUCGCCGGGGAGGCCUCGGCACAUGCUGGCGCCAGGGUUGCGGCGGUGUGCCUGCUCCUGCGCCUCCAGGAUGCGACGGUCGCUGAGCUGGAGCCUUUGGUGGACGACUCUCAGCUGACGGCGGCCUGCCUGCUGGCAGCCUCGUUGCUACCCGACAAGCGCCAGGCAGCGCACUUCCUGCAGAGCAAGCUGACGUGUGACGCCGCCACGCAUGCGGCAUCUGCCCUGCGGCGCCUGGCUGCUUUCCUGACAGACGGGGAGCUGGCGGAGCUGGGGGAGGACCUGCUGUCCACUGCGGGGCUGCGCACUGCGGCCUGGCAGCAGGCGCUGGAGCUCGUGUAUGGCGAGAUGCGGCGCUCCGACCUCACGCCCAGCAUGCGCUGCGGUCUGCUGAAUGCGACGGCGCCGCUGUGCGCGCUGCGCGAGGUGGCGCAGUUUUGGGAGCAGUGCGCGGCUCUGCACGACAAAGAGGUGGGCGCCGACGUCAUUGGCUGUGCGGACGCAGAGUUGCUGAAGCGGUCGCAGUCUGUUGCCCGCUGGUGGACCGAUUUGGUGCUGGGCAUGCUGAGGCGGGCCAGCGAUGACAAGGAGCUGACCAAGAGCUGGGCAGGGGAGCUGGGCGGCUCCGAAGUGUUUGCCGCCUACAAGGACCACCCAGCAGAGCUUGGGUGCCUUCUGGACUCCCUUGCAGGCUUGGCGGCAAGCGCCCCAGGGGACGGCUCGCUGGUUGCCGUCUGGCUGCUGUGCAGCGCUUCCAAGCAGGACAAGCUGAGCGCUGUUCGGAGCAGCCUGUCCCGCUUCAUGGAGCCCCUGCUGGAUGCCGCUGCAGCAGAGCACCAGGAGGCAUCAGCUGCAGCGGAAAUUCCGGCUGCUGCCAGCGCCAGGCCCGCCACUGACCUCCUUCUUCAGCUCUUCAGCGGCUACUGCCAACACCUGGCUGCUUCGGCGGCCAUAACCCUGGUUUCAGCAGCUGGCGGCGGCGCCAGCCUGGCAGCUGAGCUGGCGAGGGGCGCCACGGCGGCGCCCACCAUGGCUCACACGCUGCAGAUAGCCUUGGCGCUGCUGCUGGCAGGCUGCCCCUCGUGUCUCGAGUAUGUGCAGUUGUGGGACAAGUGUCGCUGGCGGCAGCACGCACACGUGAGCUGGGACAAGCAUGAGCAGCAGCGUCUGCAGUAUGUGCGGGCCCUCCUGGAGGCGGCGCAAGCCCUGACGGCACACCAAGACCCGGCUGACGGCACGCCUGUGAGCGCUGGUGUGGCUGAAGGGCGCCUGCUGCUGGCAGGAACCCUGGCUGCGGUUGCCUGGAUGGUUGGCAGGGGCCGCCGCGGAGAGCGCUGGCCUGGCCUGGAAGCAGAGGCGCUGGGCGAGCUGCGGCGCAGCGGGGCCGCAGAGGCAAGGGAGCACGAGGACGCAGAGGCAAUGGAGCGCGGCGCCUAA